UCUUUCCUCCUCCAUUCAUAGCUUUUGUGCACUGCUCUGUUCUCAAACUAUUUUUCUGCUCUUCCAUGCCGUUCAAUGGCUUCCACCGCCUUCAAAAUCCAUUUGCAAAGCUCCAAAACUGCAAAUCCGCCAACCCAUUUUCCAAUCAACAGAAGUCUCUUCAAGCCUUCCUCAUUUCCUGCACCAAAGCAAUGGCAACACCAAGAAGUCUAUUCCUGCAUCCCUUUGUUCACUCAGAAACCAGCUUACAGCUACAGGCCGAAAGUCCUUUAUACAUCCCUCCAAUUCUCCCUACCUUCUCCCACCCCACCCACUUCUAAAGACGAGGCCAUCCUCCAAGCUAAAACUUGCCUCUCAACCACUCUAGAAAAGCCUCUCAACAACCCCAAGCUCACCAGCAAACUCAAGAAGAUAAAGCAGCCAAGGUUCCGGGUUGAAAUUCCCGUGGUCGAUGACUCGCCCUCAUCGAUCUCCGCCCUCGCUUUGGACGUCUUUGGAGACAUAGCCAUCAAAAGAAAAGGUUCAUCAGUGAGGAUCCUAAUGUUAUGGCCAAAUCCCACCUUCACCGAGGCUGCAGUUAAAGCUUUUGACUCUGUAUCUUCAAGCCAGGUCCAGCACAUGGACGUUGCUGCAGUUACCAGCGGGAAUACCAGAAUUUUGAAUUCUGCAGAUGUGGCAGUGUUUUUGGCGCCAGAAGCUUCUCAAUUGGCAGUAAUCAAAACAAUCACCCAGAGUUUGUAUCCGACACCGGUGGUGGUUUUCAACCCGAGAUGGGGGUACGAGGAGGAGAGUGAUUUUGGGGAGCUGAAGGGUUUUGUGCAGUCAUUUGAGGUGGUAUAUUCAUUUGCAGGAUUGGAGGUGAGAGGGAUUGUCAGCAAGAGAAAAGGAGUGAUUUUCAAGUGUUUGAGGGAUGGAGUCUUGAGUGGUGAGAGGUGGGCAGUUCUUGUUGAGGAAGGAGGAGAAUUAAAAGUGGUUUCAAGGUUUAAGGCACGACCAUCGAUUGGGGAAGUUGAGAAUGUCUUGUAUAAUUUAAUGGCGAUUAAUUCGCCCAUUACAAAGUCUGCAAAGUUUUUGAGGGAUUUAGUUUCAAAUGUAACUGGGAAAAAGUAGGUGCAAAUGAACGGGAGAAAUCUAGAUGUGGUUUUUGGAAAAUUUGUGCUGAAGAACUACAAAGUAUUUCUUGUUAAAAUUGCGGAGUGAAAGCAUUUGCAUGAACACAUCAAAUUCUUGGUUUGUUAAGCUCGAAUGGCAUUGUAUGUUGUGUCACUUUGACUACUGAGUUUAAUAUUGGGUUCCUGUUGGUGCUAAAA